CAUAUAUCCAUCUACUCUGAGAAUCCUCUGCCCCUUGUGCUCGGAGAAGAAGGAUCAGCCCUGCACUGCGAUGUCGUCGUGGAUACUAGCAGGCUUGGGAUCGCUAGGACAGGCCUUCAUCGGAAGCUUGAUAGACAAGAUCAGCGACGAUGCGAUCCCAAGGUUGUCGGUGGUGUUCGGAGUCGGAGCUAAUCCCGGAGACGGAACUGACCUCCUCAAGCUGAAGACUACUCUUACCGGGACUAAGCACAUCAUCGGCAGAGUCGAGAACAUGUGGAUUAAAGAUGAAGACACGAAAAAGCAAUUGAAGGAAUUGGUGAUGGAACUGAAGGACACUGCUUAUGACGCUGAGGACUUGCUUGAAGAGAUCCAGUUCCGGGUUCUGAAGCAACAGAUCGAGCAACAAGGAGCUCAGGGGUACGAGGCAAGUAACCAAUCAUCUUCUUCUUCUGGUCUCCCUCCGAGUAAAAAAAGAAAAAUUUCUGAACGUGUCAGUCGCUUCUUCGGUAGAGAAGAUGAUGUGAUUAGAGUGAGGGAAAAUCAGAUGAAGUUAGAUAAAAUCACUACUUGCAUCGAGGAUCUCAUUACUACAUUAGAUGCCGAUGAGAAACAGAUGAUAACGUCAGUAGUGCCCCGAACCACCACUUCCUUUCCGAUAGAAACUCAAGUCUUCGGACGAGAGGAACAGCUGAAUCACCUUCUGGGACUGUUGGUGCAAUCUGCCGACGGAUCCGGAUCUAGCGACAGUAGCAUCUCUACCUUAACUAUUGUUGGGAUCGGAGGGGUCGGAAAGACUACUCUUGCUCAGCAAGCCUACAACCACGAGAGGGUGAAGGACUAUUUUCAUCCUAAGGUCUGGGUCUGUGUAUCCGACAACUUCAACGUGGAGAGGCUUACCAAAGAGAUCAUAGAAUCCUUAACCCGAAAAAGGUGUGAUCUCAAUAACUUCGAUACACUUCAAGUGGAAGUUAAGGAGAAGUUGACCUCAAAAAGGUUCCUUCUUGUCCUCGACGAUGUGUGGAACGAGGACAGCCUGAAAUGGGAAAGAUUUUGUGCACCAUUGAGGUACGGAGAACCAGGAAGCAAGAUUUUGGUUACAACUCGCUCUAAAAAGAUUGCAGAAAUGGUUGGCAAUCCGAUCCCUCUAGGAGGUCUGGAUGAAGCCAGCUAUUGGAAAUUGUUCAAGAAAUGUGCAUUUGGUUCCGAAGACGCCGGUGAAUUUCCACAGCUAGAAGCCAUAGCAAAGAAGAUCGUUGGCAGGUUGAAGGGGUUGCCACUUGCGGCAAGGACGGUAGGCGGGUUGUUGAAGCCGCAGAUGAAUGAGAAGCACUGGAGAAUCAUCACAGGGAGUGAAAUAUGGCAAAUACCGCAAAACGAAGAGGGUGUCCUGCCAGUCCUACGAUUGAGCUAUCAAUGUCUUCCGUCACACCUAAAGCCGUGCUUUGUUUUCUGUUCCCUGUUCCCGAAAGAUCAUCGGUUUGAUGGAGAGCACUUGGUCCGGCUUUGGAUGGCAGAAGGCUACGUUGCUCAAGACAACAAUAUGACGAUGGAGGAUACAGGAAGCCGCUACUUCUUUGACUUAGUGAAUAGGUCUUUCUUUCAGGAAGCUCCUUGGGGAUCGACAUAUGUGAUGCAUGACCUCAUACACGAUCUUGCUCAAUUUAUUUCAGAGGGAGAGUUUUGCAGGAUCGAUGAUGACGAGUCGAAAGAGAUCCCUAAUACGACUCGUCAUCUAUCAGCAACAUUAACCGAUGGAACUAAGUUAAUGGAGCUCUCCUGUUAUGAUAAAUUGCGGACCCUCAUGAUCAAUUCCAAAAGUCAUUGGUUUGGCUUUGGAGUCGACAGCCCUUUGUUCAUUCAGUUUGAAAAAUUAAAAAACAUUCGAGUGUUGCUAUUGAAGAACUGUGGCUUGCGGGAGUUGCCUGAGACAAUUGGUGACUUGAUACACCUCCGCUACCUUGACAUAAGCCGCAACUUUUACUUGAAGAGCCUGCCGGAGUCAUUAUGUGAUCUUUACAAUUUACGAGUACUGGAUCUGCAGGGCUGUGAACUACUGAGUUUCCCGCACGGCAUGAGCAAGUUGAUCAACUUGAUGCAUCUUAAUGCAGAAGACGAAAUAAUUUCCAAGAUAAAUGGUGUUGGGAAGCUGACUUCUCUUCAAGGAUUGUCUUCGUUCAAAGUACUCAAGGAUCAGGGACACAAGGUUGCCCAAUUAGGCAGUCUGAAACAACUUCACGGACAACUUCGAAUUACCAACCUCGAGAACGUUGAGAGUAAACAAGAAGCAGGCAUGUUUAAUCUGAACAACAAACAGUACCUUGAUGCAUUGGCCUUAGAAUGGACAUCAGAUGAUGGCUCCAGUUUGGAUGGCAAUGAAUUAGUUGUGUUGGAGGAGGUAUUCGAAGGUCUCCAACCACAUCAGGCUCUCAAAAGUUUGACGAUCAGAGGGUAUAACGGUGUCAGAUCACCCAGUUGGCUGCAGGCACAAUCGUUAACGAAUUUGGGAACUCUUAGAUUGAUAAACUGCAAAGCAUGGAAGGAUCUUUCAUGCAUUGGACAGCUACCGAAUCUCAAGAACCUUUAUGUGGAGGGAAUGCCUGCAGUGAAACAAAUAAGUCAUGAAUUAAGUACAGAGAGCAAGUUCUUGCCUAAUCUGGAAAUGCCAGACCAAGGCAAGGGUUUUCCAUGCUUGGAAGAGCUCACGUUCAAGGACAUGCCAGAAUGGGAAGAGUGGUCUUGUGCUGAUGGCCGACAGCUGUUUCCCUACUUGCAAAAUCUUAAAAUUGUACGAUGCCCGAGGCUUAAGAGGAUGCCUCCCCUCCCUCCUUCACUUAAAUCACUGUCGUUAUGUCAAGUCGGGUUGACAGAAGUUCCAAGAUUAUGGGAAGAAAUCGAUGGAAGUAGCAGCAGUAUGACCGUUUCAGAAUUGAAAAUAUCUAGUCUUGAAAAGGUCGAGAUGGAGGGCAUCCCAAAAUGUGAGGGACUCCCUUGUCUUGAUCAACUGCCGAGUCUGAAGGUUCUUCGCAUCGAGAGAAUGCCAGCAGUGACGAAGGUGGGCUAUGGAUUCUUUGAUUCUAGAGACCAACGCAAGUAUUUUCCUAGCUUGGAGGAGCUCACGUUCAGGGACAUGCCAGAAUGGGAAGAGUGGUCUUGGGCUGAUGGUCGACAGCUGUUUCCCUGCUUGCGGAAACUUGAAAUUAAAAGAUGCCCGAAGCUUAAGAGGAUGCCUCCCCUCCCUCCUUCACUUGAGUCACUGUUAUUAUCUCAAGUCGGGUUGACAGAAGUUCCAAGAUUAUGGGAAGAAAUCGAUGGAAGUAGUAGCAGUAUGACCGUUUCAGAAUUGAAAAUAUAUAGUCUUAAAAAGGUCAAGUUGGAGGACAUCCCAGAAUGUGAGGGACUCCCUUGUCUUGGACAACUGCCGAGUCUCAAGGUUCUUCGCAUCGAGAGAAUGCCAGCAGUAAAGAAGGUGGGCGAUGGAUUCUUUGGUUCUAGAGACCAAAGCAAGUGUUUUCCUAGCUUGAAGGAGCUCACGAUCAGGGACAUGCCACAAUGGGAAGAGUGGUCUUGGGCUGAUGGCCGACAGCUGUUUCCCUACUUGCGAGAACUUGAAAUUGUACAGUGCCCGAGGCUUAAGAGGUUGCCUCACCUCCCUCCACUCAAAACAUUAAGAUUAUGUGAAGUCGGAUUGACAGAAGUUGCAGGGUUACGGGAAGGAAUCCAUGGAGGCGGCAGUUGCAUAACUGCUUCUCGUUCAUCAUUGGAAAUAAAUCAAUGUCCAAAUCUAAGAAAUCUGCAAGAAGGGUUGCUAUCGCACAGCUUCCCAAAUAUCGGUGACAUUGCGAUAUUGGAAUGCGCGGAACUCGUGUUGCUGCCGGUGAAGGAGUUUAAAGAACUCACCUCCCUUAAGAAGUUGUCAAUCUGCAGCUGCCCGAAGCUCUUGAGCAUGACGCGAGAUGGGGACAAUGACAUCCUCCUUCCACCCUCAAUCAAGGAACUAGUGCUGUCUGACUGUGGGAAUCUGGGAAAAUUGCUACCGGGCUGCCUGCACAACCUGACCUCACUCACUCGAUUGGAAAUAGGCGACUGCCGGUGCAUAGAGUCUCUGCCAGCGACGUCGCUGCUUCACCUGAAACGACUUCGAUAUCUGAAAUUUUGGAAAUGUGGUGAGCUGAGAUCAAAAGACGAGUUGUUGCUGAACGAAGGGAAUGAGCAAGUGGAGGGUUCGUCGGUAAUUGAAUUAUGCAUCGACGACACAGCCCUGUUCAAACUAUCGCUCUUAAGAAGGACACUUCCAUCCGUCCGUGCUCUCACAAUCUCAAAUUUUCCUCGAGCCAUGCUGUCUGGUGAGGAGGAGCAGUUGUUUCGAAGCCUCACAGCUCUCAGAUCACUAAACUUCAAGAAUUGCAAGAAUCUACAAUCGCUACCAAUAGAGUUGCAUGCCUUUCCUUCCCUCUGGCUUUUAAGAAUAAUUGGAUGUCCGGAGAUUCAGUCGGUACCGGAGAAGGGGCUGCCGACGUCCCUCAGGAAUCUACGUUUCCAAGGCUGCCAUGCGAUGCUGACGGAGCAGCUGCGGAAGCACUUGGCCGAGAUGAAGAACUCGGGUCGAUUUUUGGAUGUUACCCAAUGGGAGAUAUUAAGUUUGAAAGAGUAGCUCAUUUGUGGAUAUGAUUUGAAGAAAGAUUUAAGUCUUUUGUAUUGAACAAUACUGUACAUUUAGAUUAUUUUGUAUAUGUGUUAUUCGAACUUGAAUGUUAUGAACUUUUAACAAGUUAUCGAUUUUGUUGUAUGUGUUGUGAGUGGAUUGAUUAUAGAUUGAAAUAUGUAAUAAAUAAGAUUUUUUUA